GCGAAUGCGAGGGAGGUAGUGCGCCGCGUCCGGCCCCAGCAUGCUGACCGCGUUCGCCCAGCCAGCCCUGCCCGGGUUCCCAGGGCGGCUGCCUGCGGGCCCCGCUCGGCGCCAGGACUCGUCCGGUUCGUCAGGUUCCUACCACACUGCUCCGGGUUCUCCAGAGCCCCCGGACGUUGGGCCGGACGCAGAGGGCCGGGCGAAUUGGCCCAGGGUGGCCCCUGCACUGGGGGCGGGCGUGCAGCCUCGCCUGUCCGUCAGCGCCCAGAAUAGCCGCCAGCAGCUACUACCCGGCUCGGGUUUCCCGCGAGGCCCGGCCUCCGGCCUGCGACCACCCCAGCCCCAGCUGCGCAUGCUGCCGUCGGGGGAGAUGGAAGUCAUCUUCGGCGCUGGGCCCCUAUUCAGCUGCUCUGACGCAGAGGAUAGAGAAGUGCAACAGCUCACGACGCCGGCCUUCCGCAGCCUCUCUCCGCCUGGGUCCGCGUCUCGCAUCCCUGGCGAACCGCAGCCCCAGGGCCCCGACGGUGGCUCCCGCUGGGCCACUUACCUGGAGUUGCGGCCCCGCGCGGCGAGUCCUGCCACCCCAUCGCAGUUCGAGUGUGUGGAGGUAGCACUGGAGGAGCAUACCGCGCCUGCCAGGCCCCGGACGGUGCCCAAACGUCAGAUCGAGCUGCGCCCUCGGCCCCGGAGUCCCCCGCGGGAGGCCAAUGCGCCGCGCCCUCGACUGCUCCUGCGUACUGGCUCCCUGGACGAGUCUCUGAGCCGCCUGCAGGCUGCCGCGGACCUCGUACAGACGGCGCUAGCCAGAAAACUGAGCCCGGCGCCCCCUGCCCCAAGCAACGCCACCUUUGGACCCACGGUGCCGCCGGAGCCUGCGACCCCGGAAACGCCCCGCAGUACUCGGGUGGCCCUGGAGGAAGCCAAGUCUCUGCCGCCUCGGGUGAACUAUAGUUCAGCCCCAGCCAGGGCCCCAAGACCGUGGCCAAGCCUCCGGGAGCGCGCAAUUCGGCGCGACAAGCCCACGCCCGGGACCGAGCCUCUGGGUCCAGUUAGUUCCAGCAUCUUCCUGAAGUCAGGGGAGAAGCCCGAGGAGGUGCACCAGAAAGAACCGAAGGCUCAUUUCGCGCGAGAUACUCCGGCUCAAACCGUCCUGAGGGCACAGGGUCCGCCUUUCCAGUCUAGGCCCCCCUGGGAAGUUUCGAGUAAGACUGUGAGACGGAGGAGCCCAUCCCCGCCGUGGGAAGCCCCAAAUGGGACCGUGCGGGGUCCUCACUGCACCUCCCCCCCGAACCUGUCCCCCUGGAAUCGAACAAUUCGGAAGGUGAGUAGCCCAUCGCUCCCCGAGGCAUCCUCUACAUGGGACAAUCAGGAUGCUGCUGUCACGGAAACUGUCAGCAGAAAGAGCCCUUCCCCUCCGACCCUUUCCCAGUGGAAUCGGGGUGUUGCCAGGGCAAGAAGCCCAUCCCCCGAAGCUCCCUCCUCGUGGGAGGUGCCGCAGCCGGCAGUUGGGGAUGCAGUUGAGGGAAGUAGGAGCCCGUCCCCGCCGACCUUGCCCUCGUGGGAGACUCCAGAUCGUCCUGUCGGAACGUGGAGCCCAUCGCCCCAGGAGACGUGGAACUCCACAGUGCAGAGCUCAUCCGUAGUGUCUACACGCGUAGCUAUUAAUGGCGUGGCCCAAGAGGAACUGGUGCCGCCCACGCCGUCUGCACCAGGGACUCCAAAGCUAACAAAGGUUCAAAGUCCGUCCACGCGGGAGAUGCCGGAUCUUGCCUCCCGAGGCAACCAGCUGUCGCCAGAGGUGGCUGCACCCGAGCUGCCUCUCAGUCGCAACCUGGAUGCCGAUGCGCUCCCUGAAGCGGUGGGCUCUGGAAAAGCGGCCUCUGGGCGCCCGCGCGUGGCCAUUCCGCGGCCCCGCGACGUACGCAAGAUAGUGAAGACCACGUACGCGCCGAGCUUUCCGGCAAGCACCCCAGACUCAGGGCUCCCCGCCCCUCCGGCAGAACCCCGCGGGGAUGAAGGCAGCCCAUCCAAGACACAAGAACUUCAGGCGCUGGGGCCCCCCGCCCCGUCUCACUACACUUCCAUUUUUCUCAAGGACUUUCUGCCGGUUGUGUCCCACCCCUACGAACCCCCAGAGCCAACCCCAGACACAGUCCCCCGGGACGUUACGCAGUCCAACGGGGUCCUGCGGCGGAGGGCAGAGAACAGCACGGCGAAACCCUUCGCGCGCACUGAGAUCCGCCUGCCUGGUGCCCUGGCCUUAGGCCGCCGGCCUGAGAGAACCCGGGGAGUCGCGGUGCACGGUCCUGGCGGAAAGAACCGGGAUGCAGAGGCCCAGCGCUUGGUCCCGGACGGCAAGGGUCGGACCAGCCCUCUAGGCGGCGCUCGCACCUCACCCCAGCAGUCGCCAAUAGGGCCGGCAGAGACCCAACCUCCCGGACCGCCCCGCCCCAGCUCCCCGCAGGCGCACCCUAGCUCGAGCUCUGGAAUAGAAUCCAAACUGGAGACGCCCUCUCAGGCCCCUGAGCCCGCGGUGGCGGUCCAGUCGCCCCUCCCGCGGGAGCCCCAGGCGUCGGCUCGUAGAACGGCCCGGGCCCAGCCCCGCGCUGCCUCGGCGCCUCCGCUGGACCGGUCCGCGGACGGUUCCUCCCAGGGGGUUCGUAGGCCGCCAGGGGCUGCAAACCCGGGGAAGGUCCUAGUGGACCCCGAGAGCGGCCGCUACUACUUUGUGGAGGCGCCGCGGCAGCCUCGGCUGCGGCUGCUCUUCGACCCUGAGAGCGGGCAGUACGUGGAGGUGCUGCUGCCACCCUCGCCCUCGGUGCCGCCCCGCCGCGUCUACACUCCGCUGGCCCUGGGCCCCGGCCUCUACCCGCCAGCCUAUGGGCAUCUUCCCGGCCUCUCACUGCCACCAUCCCCCGGCCCGCCGGCCUUCAGCGGCCCACAGCCACCCUGGGCCUCCGAGGCGGGGCCCCUGGACGGGAUGUACUACCUGCCAGUGAGCGGGACACCCAGCCCCGCACCUCCUCUUCUUCUCUGUGCUCCACCCUCCAGCUUGGGUCCCUCGCAGCCCAACAAGGGCUCCUUGUUCCCGGUGUGAGACCCCAGGGCCUGAUCCGCAGGAUGUUGGGGCCUAUUGAUGGUCUUAAAGGUUUUGGCAUCCAGUCCUUUACCCUCUUUUCCUUCAAGCAUCUCUUCCUUUUACCCAUCUCAUGCCGGGUUUUUUUUUUUUCCAGACCGGAAGUUACCUUCAGAUUAUCUGA